GUAUGACGUUCCCACGUGAUUGUGACGCACGAACGAGCGAUUACAUUUAUUUGUACCAGACAGAUUUUUCCACGAAAGCAUCAUACGUUCGUUGGAAUUAAGGUGCCAAAAUGGACCAGUGUGACUGUUCUAAAUCUGGAUCUUGUAACUGCGGGCAAAACUGCAAAUGCACCAACUGCAAGUGCGCCCAUAGCAAGAAAAGUUGCGGCAGUUGUCCAUCUGAAUGCAGUAAGGACAAGAAGGGCUGCGAGAGCGCGUGCAAGGACAAGGACAAGGAGAAGUCGUGCGACACACACUGCUGCAAAUGAAAGUCUGCGAUAUGUGCUGUGACACUGUGUUCCUUUAAUAAUAAAACAUACAAUUCUGUCGUGUACUC